AUGGAAGCGGGCGAUUCUGCUGCUAGGCAAAGCGGGAUCCUGUCUGCCACCACUACUCGUGAACACUUUGAUCCAGCACGACCAUACAACAGCAGAAGCAGCAGAGAAGGCACAGCGAUGGCGACGGCAACAUUGAUCAACCCAAGCUCCCAAUACCACUCGCACUCAUUUUCCCACGGCGCCUACCACCCUUCGUCGUCCACAAGCAUUCCCGGCAUGAUUUCGCCAGUAGAUUCCCGGCGGACGUCCGACGAGUCGGAGAACCCUCACCGACAGUCGUUGCCUUCCAUUUCAGAAGUCAUCUCGGGUACCAAGCCGACCUCCUACCCUCCACAUGCCCCGACGUCACUGCCGCCAUCCCAGAGUCUUCCUUCGCCAUUUGCACCAUCUGGGCCGCCACGAAGUUACGAUGUUGACAAGCAUCCUUCGCCAAGGGCGCUGCAUCCCAGCUCGGGCUUCCCCCGCCCUGAUCCUUUACCCGCCUUCUCCGAUCCCGCAAGACCUUCAUUGUCCAGCAGGCCGCCUCCGCCUCCCCCGCUGAAUACAUUUCCCACACACCAUCAGCAUCCCUCGCCACCAGUGAAGCUUGAACAAAUGGAGGUUGACCAAAGGCAUGCCGAGGCAUCCCCAAUGAGUGCCGGAUAUCCCCACCAUCCUCCAGGACACCCAGCGGGACCCCAUUACUCGCAAACGGGACGUCUUCCUCCUGGCCAACUACCGUUGUCGGCUUACCCUGUUUCCCCCAGGCAUAGUGGACCCGGACUGCCAUCACCAUACGAAUCGCAGCACCGACCGCCUAUGUACCCAGAGGAGCAAGAAUAUAGGCAUGGUCAUGCUAGAAGUACCGAAUACAAGUCUACCUCGGAAAGGUCUUUGCCGGACUGGUCGUCUUAUGGGGAGAUGAUGUACAUGAUCGCGCACGCUGGGCGCACCGUUUAUCAUUUCGCUGAAGGCUACGGCGCCGCGGCACGGGAACAACAAGGACAGCCGCUUCCAUCAAGACUACCAACCGAAAGCGAAAUCUCCGUUGUCAUCGACAGCGCAGUUGUCGCUGUCGAGAAUCUGAAGAACCUCCGACACCUCAUCGCCCAGAUCAAUUCGGAACGGUCGCGAGAGAAUGGCGGACGCAAGUCUGGAGCGGAAGACGAUGAUGUUUCCAUGUAUGGUGACGGCAUGGGAAAGCAUUCAUCCUUCAACGAAGUGAAGAAAAGGCGUGGCCGUGCAGCUCCUCCUGGAAGAUGCCAUAGCUGCAACAGGAUCGAUACUCCCGAAUGGAGGCGCGGCCCAGACGGCGCGAGAACUCUCUGCAACGCCUGCGGCUUGCACUACGCCAAGCUUGAGCGCAAACGACAAUUGGAACAACGAUCCAUCCGACCCAAACCCACCGACGAUCGACACUAG